CAACGCAGCAGCUUCGGCCGGGAAACAUCGUCACACUCAUUCCAGCAAAGGCAUGGAAUUCGGCCACGAAACACAAACUCCAAAGGGCAAAAGGAGAGAUUUAAACCCAGAGGCUGAAGGAAUGCUUUAAAAUUUUCUCGUGACUUUGCUUUGUUGAAAGGGUCUUUAUUUUCCAUUUCAAGUGACGUGACACAGGGACAAUCCAUCUCUCAGGGCAGCCCGUCUGAAGCGGAUCAUGCCCCCUAGAUAGCAGCCUCGUCCUCCUCUCCACUCCCCCUCCCUGCCCCUCGGCCCCUUCCUUCACCUUCCUGGACCAGCACCGUCACUGCCACCUGUGUCACCACAGCCGCCAUGCCCCCCAGGAAGAGGACGCGGCCGGGUCUGGGCUUCCUGUGCUGCUUCGGCAGCAGCGAGCCUCCGGAGAUCAACCUCAAAGACAGCGUGCCCCUGCAGCUACUGGAGUUCAGCGCUCCCAUGCCGCCCGCUGAGGAGCUGCACGCACGUUUCUCCGAACUGGUGGAUGAACUGGACCUGACGGAUAAGAACAGGGAGGCCAUGUUCGCUCUGCCAGAUGAGAAAAAAUGGCAGAUCUACUGCAGCAAGAAGAAGGAACAAGAGGACCCCAACAAGCUGGCCACCAGCUGGCCCGACUACUACAUUGACCGCAUCAACUCCAUGGCUGCUAUGCAGACCCUGUUUGCCUUUGAUGAGGAGGAAAUGGCAAUGAGGAACAAGGUGGUGGAAGAUCUAAAGACAGCACUCCGGACUCAACCAAUGAGGUUCGUCACACGCUUCAUCGAGCUCGACGGCCUCACCUGCCUUCUCAACUUCCUGCGCAGCAUGGACUACGAGACGUCGGAGAGCCGCGUCCACACCUCCGUCAUCGGCUGCAUCAAGGCCCUGAUGAACAACUCCCAGGGCCGCGCGCACGUCCUGGCACACCCACAGAGCAUCAACACCAUCUCACAGAGCCUGCGGACAGAGAACAUCAAGACCAAGGUGGCGGUGCUGGAGAUUCUUGGGGCCGUGUGCCUGGUGCCCGACGGACACAAGAAGGUGCUGCAGGCCAUGGCGCACUACCAGAAAUUUGCUGCUGAGAGGACUCGCUUUCAGACGCUGCUGAAUGAGCUGGACAAGAGUACAGGCCGCUACAGAGACGAGGUCAACUUAAAGACUGCCAUCAUGUCCUUCAUCAAUGCUGUGCUCAACGCUGGAGCUGGGGAGGACAACCUAGAGUUCCGCCUCCACCUAAGGUACGAGUUCCUCAUGUUGGGCAUACAACCGGUCAUUGACAAGCUCCGAGAGCACGAGAACGCCACUCUGGAUAGGCAUUUGGACUUCUUUGAGAUGGUGCGGAAUGAGGAUGACUCUGAAUUGGCCAAAAGAUUUGAUAUGACCCAUGUAGAUACUAAGAGUGCUGGUGCCAUGUUUGAGCUGAUCAAAAAGAAGCUGAGCCACUCAGACGCCUACUCCAACCUGAUCUCCAUCCUCCAGCACUGUCUGCAGAUGCCCUAUAAACGUGGUGGUCUGCAACACUGGCAGCUCUUAGACCGGAUCCUCCAGCAGAUAGUCCUACAAGACGAAAAGGGAGAGGACCCCGACAUUGCCCCUCUGGACAACUUCAGUGUUAAGAACAUCAUUCGCAUCCAAGGCUUCCAGCAAAGGUUGGUCAAUGAGAAUGAGGUGAAACAGUGGCGAGACCAGGCAGAGAAGUUUAGGAAAGAUCAUUUAGAGCUGCUAGGUAAAUUAGAGAGGAAGGAGCGAGAGUGUGACACCAAAACCCAGGAAAAGGAGGAUAUGAUGAAGACUUUGAACAAGAUGAAGGACAAACUCCAGCGAGAGGGCGUGGAGCUGCGCUCAGCCAGGGAACAAGUUCUGGAUCUGUCGUCACGCAUCAAUGACAUAUCUGGCGUCAGUGUACCAUUCCCUCCUCCUCCUCCUCCUCCUGGCGGCCCCGCGGCUCCACCUCCACCACCUAUGAUGGGUGGCUUUCCUCCACCUCCUCCUCCACUACCAUUCAGUUGCCCGCCUCCUCCCCCACCGCCUCCCCCACCUGGAGCACCGCCUCCUCCACCAGGAGCCCCUCCCAUUUUCGGAGCCCCGCCUCCUAUUCCCUCUUCAUUCAACUCAGUGGGCACCAUGCGCUCCAAGUCCAUCCCUCAGCCUUCUCAUCCCCUGAAGUCCUUCAACUGGGUCAAACUGGGAGAGAAUGUGAUCAACGGCACCAUCUGGAACGACAUCGAUGACCUGAAAGCUUUCAAGAUUCUUGACCUCAAGGACAUAGAGAAGAUGUUUUCAGCCUAUCAGAGACAACAGGACCUGCUCACUAACCAAUCCUUCAAACAGAAAGAGACGGGCUCUAUGGAUGACAUAUACGUCAGCACACGGAAGGUCAAAGAGCUGUCAGUCAUCGAUGGUAGACGUGCACAGAACUGUGUCAUCCUUCUUUCAAAGUUAAAAAUGAGCAACGAAGAGAUCAGGAGGGCGAUCUUAGAGAUGGAUGAGAGGGAAGAGCUAGCCAAAGAUAUGCUGGAGCAGCUGCUGAAGUUUGUCCCGGAGAAAAGUGACAUUGAUCUUUUGGAGGAGCACAAACAUGAGCUGGAGCGGAUGGCCCGGGCUGAUCGCUUCCUCUUUGAAAUGAGCAGAAUUGACCACUACCAGCAGAGACUGCAGGCUCUGUUCUUUAAGAAGAAGUUUGCAGAGCGUCUAGCUGAAACCAAACCUAAAGUUGAAGCCCUCCUGAAUGCAUCCAGGGAGGUGGUGCGGAGCAAGAGGCUGACUCAGAUCCUGGAGGUGGUGCUGGCCUUCGGCAACUUCAUGAACAAGGGCCAGAGAGGCAACGCCUACGGCUUCAAGGUCUCCAGCCUCAACAAGAUCGCUGACACAAAGUCCAGCAUAGACAGGAGCAUCACCAUGUUGCACUACCUGAUCAUGAUCAUUGAGAAGAACUACAACGACACGCUGCACAUCCAGGACGACCUCAGCAGUGUACCGGAGGCUGCCAAAGUCAAUUUGUCGGAGUUGGAAAAAGAGGUGCACAGCAUCAGAAGUGGACUGAAGGCUCUGGAGGCGGAGCUGCACUACCAGCAGAGCAGGACGAGGGAACGUGGGGACAAGUUUGUGGCUGUGAUCGGUGACUUCAUCACUGUAGCUGGCUUCAGCUUCUCUGAACUGGAGGACCAGCUGAGUGAAGCCAAGGACAAGUUUACCAAAUCUCUGAAGCACUUUGGGGAGGACGAAGGGAGGAUGCAGCCCGAUGAGUUCUUCGGGAUCUUCGACACCUUCUUACAGUCGUUCAGCGAAGCACGGCAGGACCUGGAGAACAUGCAGCGACGUAAAGAUGAGGAGGAGCGGAGGGCACGAAUGGAGGCCAUGCUCAAGGAGCAGAGGGAGCGGGAACGGCGGGCAAAGAAGAGCGGGGCCUCAGAGGAGGUCGGCGGGGAGUUUGACGACCUGGUGUCGGCGCUGCGCUCCGGCGAGGUCUUCGACAAGGACCUGAACAAAUUCAAACGCAACCGCAAACGCUCCGUCAACCAGCUGGUGGAGGGCGGGGGCCGCGAACGCGCUGUCACCAAGGUCAACUACUAGAUCGAGGGAAAAAGGAAGGAAAAAUAAAAACACUAGACACUUAAAUUCUGCCGUGGUGUAGAUCUCUUAACACCUUUAGUCCAGGUCCUCGAGAAGUGACCAUUGACAUUGGAGAGGAUGUAAAUAACGGCUGGACUGGACAUGUAGCGACAUGUAUGGACAGCCACGCUGUUUUGAAGGAUUCAACAUCCUCCUCUGAUUGGUCUUGUAAAGCUAUUCCCAACCCGUUUGUCCUGGGCGUUGUACGAUCUCUUGAUCUUGGGGAUCUCCAGAUGGACGGACAGACCACUGUGACACAUUAUCCCAUAUCUUUUGACCAUAUCCUCUUAACACUGUGCUCAAGCUUCCAGCUCUCAACACCACCAUUUUUAACUGCUCUUUUUUCCUCACAAACCCUCCCCUCUGUAAGUCCCUUGGUGCUGGAGCAGUCCUUUCUUUUUACUGUCUCUCAAGCCAGUCACACUGUACAUAGACUCGAGGCCAAGAGAACCGAUUGGAAUAAGGACUUCCGGGAGAUUCGAUUCAAACUGAAAAAGAAGGUGGGAAGGGGGAACUAAGCCAUAAACUCCACAGUCAUGGUUGCUUCAAGUGUCCCCCCAUAAGAAAAGAGACUUUUCAGACACGGAACAUGGAGGGAUAUUCAUAAACUUCCUUUACUGGGGAGAUGGGUGUGUCAGCAAAUCCCAGAAUGCUUUUCAGGCUCCUGAAAGAGCGAGGAAGGAUAUCGCCACGUCCCAUCAGCCUUCUCCAGCACACAGCUUUCCCAGGGAGGACGCACGUACGCCCCGAGCUGCAGGUUCAGAGGAUACAACUAGUCUCAAGGAAAUAAACAGCUUGAUCCACUUUAUACACACGAUGACUGUGCCACAAGGGUCAGGCCUCACCUCCACUCCUCAAUGGUUUCGACAUUGUUCUGGCAUUAACCCGUGCCAAAGCAAAGAGAAAGCAAAAUGUAAAUGUAUUAAUACAAAACAUACUGCAAUUAGGCGUUGAUAUAUAUUUAUAUUUAGAUGCAGACAAGCUAAUUGCAAAGAUGUAGAGGGUUUUUUUAUGUUUUCAUGGCAUUUUGGGGUUUUGUACACGCAAUGCAUUAUUUGUUGGUGUUGCAAGUUCACAUUGCUGUUGAAGUGAAUUUCUAUACAUUUUGCGCUUUAUGUAAAAAAAAGAAAGAAAAAAAGUAAUUGCUUGUCCUUUUCACACCUGUAUGUCUUGUUUGCACUGUAGCUUUUCUGACCAACUUUACACUCCACAAACUAAUCCACAAAGUCCUCUCUGUACUUAAAUCACCUUUAUCUAUAACAGAGAUAAUAGAGGAAUGCCAUAUAGGAUGGGUUUACAGUGCUCUAAAGCUCUAAAGGCUGCAGACUGUGUGGACUCAAAGUGGCGGCCAUAAGGAUGCUGUACAGCAGUUCUCAUUGAGCCUUUAACGAUCUCAUCCAUAGUGUCUGUAGGACCUGUUCCACUGGUGCUUAAACUCGUGGUCUCAAAGAGAGAACUGGUGCUUGAUUACCAAGAUUCAGGCUCAUCAUACAGCAUUUUUGUGUUGUUUUUUUUUCAGUUGGCAUUGCGAUAUCAGACCACACCAUGUGACGAGUCUGUUAUUGCAAAGUCAGGGUACAACAAAGCACUUACCGGAUGUCGUAAUUAAAAUAUAGUGGGACACUAACAGCCUCAGAGAGCAUCAUAGGAAAGGAUCUUUACCUCCAGCUUCUCUCACACGUUUCAGACAUGACUAAAGCCUGUUAGUACAGGAGACUGGUUGCCAAACAAGAGUCAGAUCCACAUACUGAAGCCAAUCAUUUUUUCUUUACAUUUUUUAAAAUAUUCACUUUAGUAUAUUUUUUAUUUAUAUAUGCAUUUCUAAAACCUUAGCAGUAGACAUGACAAAGGCUGCAAUAUAAUGUAUUGGCUCGCCUCAGAACAACAUUUAGACAUACAGCACGGUGGAGGGUAGCUUGCUACGGGAAGUUGACCCAUAGAGAGGGCUCUGAUCCUGGCUCGUGGAGGGCGCCACUCCUGGUCACUUCUUGGAGAGAUUAGGAUGCAUUUUGGGACAUCAAAUGAAAGUGUAGAUCCAAAAAAAUCAAGAAUCAUAUGCCACAUGUGAACAUACACCUUCAUGUAAGCAGAUAGAGGACAACAUGCACGUACAGUCUAUAUGAAAUACCCUGAUAAUCAUCCAUUGUGUUCUUAUCAUACCUAUUUAAGUCAUUCCAUCUGCAUGCAUGGUGUCUGCAGUACAGUAUAGAGCCAUAUGUGAGCUGAUUGUCGGAAAAUCACUUUUUUACUCACUUUUCAGAGUAAAAAACGGACAAAUCCUGAUAAAUCAUGCAUGCAUAUUUCAGCACACACCCUUAUUAUGUUGAGUAGCUUCAGCUUAUUAGUGAUAUGAGUGUAGUGCUCAUUCACAGUUACAGUUAAACACCAAGGACUCAUAUUGCAGUUCCUUUCUCCACAUUAAAGCAGAAAUAUUUUAUAUUUCUAUACUUGACUCAACUAGCACUUGGUGUGUUAGCUGUGUUGCAAAACACAAGACACUUCCAACGUCAGAUUAUUGAAUGGAUCCAUCACUUAACACUCACUGCUGUGUGUAAUUACAUUACUCCAGUAAUAACAGCUGUCCCAGUUUGUCCUUCAUUCUGCCAACUUUUCUGUUCUGUUUAACUUUCACCUUAAAGUGCCUCUGACCCUUUUCUCACACAUAUAUCAUUCCUAUUCGCUUUCCAUACAAUGCACUGUAUUUGCUAGUGAAAUGCAGCUGACAGUUAGGUUCAGUUGGGUGUAAUCUGGUGGCUUUAGAUGCACUUUUGUGUUCCAUUUGGCAUCACAAGCAGUUAAAAGCAGCUCUCCAAACACGAUGCAGCUCCAGGCAAAAAAACAACAACUACCCAAUAUCAUCAACAUGUGAUCAGAGAAAACUCCUUUCAGCCUUUAAUUUCUCCAUAGUCGUCACAGAGCGUCUCAUCCUACCAGGGGUUUCGUCCUUUAAUUCCCCCUCAAUCUGAAGCAGAGAGAAGAUGUGAGGCUACAAACACGGUGUGAGUGCAGAGAGGAGCCCCGUGUCCCACACUUUAGAGAUUAACCUGUAAGCCAAAAUCGGUUCAAACUUUCAGAAACUGCAAAAUCAGAAAAGUUCUAUAUCCUACGGGGAAAAAAUGACGUAUGAUUGCAUAUUCUUUAACCAGCAUCUCAUGUAUAUUUGAGCUAUUUGAUUUCCUAACCUAUGCUCCUUCAAGUUAAUCAGAGUUAGUAUAUCAGACUUCGGCAGACCCUUUAAACUUUUAAUCCAGAGCUUCUAUUCUAGUGCAGACUAUUUACAGAGGGGUAUUGCAACAUUGUCAGUAUUAUUACAAGUUUAUGUUGUUCCAUGUUUAGAUGUUUAUUUGGCCAUUGACUGGCUGAAUUUUGGAGUGUACAGAUGGAAAUCAGAGGAAUGAAAUUAGUAGCUUGUUCAAUGCACUUUUAUAAUGGGACAUUUCCAUUUGCAGCGCCGUUACGAGGGCCGAGAACCCUCUAGAAACAAGAAGGGUGCAACGAAAGAGUGGUGCAACAAAACAUGGUGUAUAGAAGAGAGAGAGAAAGGGGGCAAGUGAGGUUGGGACUCCGGCUGGGCCGCUGGAAACACAUUCUGUUAGGGGGCAGAGAUGGGAUUUGUGGGGACACAGAUAAGAAGAGGGGACACUCGUACCUAACGAGUGUUUGCAGACCUCGUCUGUCUGUUGUCUGCUUUGGUGUGUAAAAGAAAAAAAGGAAUGUUUUCUGACACCACCACAUUUCUGUCAAAUCAUGCACUUGACUUGGCGUCGACCUGCAUGCCUGAAGAAGGGUGCACAAAGUGUGACGUGUUGACUUUAAUAGAAUAUUGCUUGCUAUAUGGAACACACCUGUUACACAUGACAAUUUGUACUGCCUGAGAAAAGUUGCACCCAGUUUUAGAGGUUGUAUAAUUGUGAGGAGUCAGUAUUUUUAUGGUUGGAAAAAAAAGUAUCCUCCACCGAAAGAUGUACAGUUGGAAAAAAAAAAAAGGAUUUUGUACACCAUUCUUGAUGUUUGAGAUAAGAUUAAAAAAGAUGAAUACAUUAAGGAAUGUUCCAUUUUCCUGUAAAUUGUACCUCUAUUUAUUUGCCUUAUUUAGUUUGCUAUAUUUUGUAUGUACACACAGCAUUACAACAAAAUGUUAUAUUAAAAAUAUGAAUAUGAAUAAAUAAA